AUGCACUUCUGCCAUCCUGCACUGCUGCCAUCCUCUCUUGUCCUCCUCACUGUCCCGGGGCCACCAAUCUCGGCCUUCUGGAUGCCAUCAUUGGCUUCUUCUUGCACUUCUGCCAUCCUGCACUGCUGCCAUCCUCUCUCGUCCUCCUCACCAUCCUGGGGCCACCAAUCUCAGCCUUCUGGAUGCCAUCAUCAGCUUCUUCUUGCACUGCUGCCAUCGCCAUCCUGCACUCCUCGGCCUCUCACAUCUCCUCAGCCAUCUCCUUCCAUUUAUCCCCUGUGGUAUCUCUCAUACAUAUCUGGGUAUCUCUUACCUCCGCCUCUUUCUUCUCAGCCUCUCUGGCAUCCCUCGUACCUCCGCCUGUCCUCUGCUUCCCCCAAUGUUGCCAAUGGUGCUCUCUCGACCCAUUAUUCUCCUGUCGAGCAAGACUCCCAACCUGCCGAGUAA